AUGCCUCCCUCGAAGAAACGAGCCAUCAUCAUCUCCGACUCUGAGGAAGAAAACAACGCUGCAUCGCCUCCGCCCGCCAAGAAGCGUGCGGUGAAGCGUCCAUCGGCGUCACAGCCAUCGCCAGCACCGAAGACGAAGAAGAAGGCCUCGGUCACUUCAUCCCAGCCAGUCUCAAAGGCGAAGAAAUCCACAGCAAAAGUCAAGCAAAAGGUCCAGUUUGAGCAUUCAACUCUACCUGGGCUUGACGAUGACGACAUCAUCGACGAGGAAUUCGACGACUUGCCGCCAACACAGUCUACGGUUUCGGGAUCCAGAAGUCAACCUACAUUCACGGCUCCUUCGACCUCACAACGCCAGCUGAACGUACCCUGGACACAGCCAAUCUCUUCAAAGCAGGCAUCAGUUACACCUGUGGCAGCCGACGACAGAAUAUGGAGUGAAAAGUAUGCCCCAACGGCAUCCAACACCAUAGCAGUUCACAAGAAGAAGGUUCAGGAUGUGCGGUCGUGGCUUGAGGGUGUACUGUCAGGCUGUACACGGAAGAGGCUUCUCAUCUUGACAGGGCCUGCUGGUACAGGCAAAACUGCUACGGUAGAGGUUCUCGCAAAAGAGAUUGGCUUUGAGACCCUGGAGUGGAGAAACCCGACAAACGACGGCGGCGUCAAGGAUGAAAUUGAUCAUGACAGUCUCAGCCGUAAAUUCUCAGAUUUCAUCAAUCGUGGUGACCGGUACUCGUCACUUGAGUUUGCUCCUUCGGCACGCCCUGACAAUGCAUUCGUCACUCCCCCCACGUCAACACCACCGGACUCGAUUUCGAGCGCAGAUCGGCCGAAGGUAAUCUUGAUUGAGGAUAUCCCAAAUACUUUUACGACUGCGACGAACUCGAAGCGAGCCUUUCAGGAAGCCAUAUCCUCCUACCUCCUCUCUCCUCGGCAGAAAUACCCGAUGAUCCUGAUCAUUACCGAAACAGAGCCGCGGGGUACAGAAGAUACCUGGAGUUCCAGAAACGAUGUUAUGUCUGCUCGGACUCUGUUAACGCGAGAAAUUUUGGAGAAUCGCUACGUCGAUGUGAUCACAUUCAACCCGGUGGCCAAGACGUACAUCCUCAAAGCAUUGAAGAUUGUGCUGGACAAGGAAGGUCGUAGGGUUGCAUUGGAGAUUGUUGAAGCUAUUGCCGAAUCCGCGGCUGGUGAUAUCCGUUCCGCACUCAAUUCACUGCAGUUCCUUGCAACGCACAACAGUUUGAACACUUCAUCCAUUGCAGGCUUGAAAGGAGCAAAACGCAAGAGAGGAGAGAAGACCGGGCUGGACGCACUUACAGCUGAACAACGACGGCUUAUCGACACGAUCACUAGUCGUGAGGCUGCGUUAGGAGUAUUUCACGCGAUUGGAAAGGUGGUCUAUAACAAGCGUAUCGGCGAUGAUGCGGAAGAUCCGCCGUGUCCACCGAGGGAAGAGUGGCCUGGGUACCCUCUUCCGAAGCAUCUAUUGCAGUACGAACGUCGACCAAGUCAUGUCAACCCGGAAUUGCUGCUGCAAGAGACAAGUACAGAGUCGAAUAUGCUUCUAUGGGCCGUUCAUCAGAACUUCCCGGAAUCCUGCACCGAUCCCGAUCAACUGUCUGAUAUUCUCGAUGCGCUCAGCACGGCUGACUACUUCAUGCCGCAAACUUUUCAGAGGAAAGAGGCAUUCACGCAAGAGACAAUGGCAGCGAUGUAUGGGAUAGGCGGGGUGUUGAUGGGGUUGCCGACCCCGGUUCGGAGAGCGAAUGCGAGCUUCCGAUUGAACUACCCGCCAGUGGCGAAGAUCCGCAAAGAGGAGAACGAAGUCAGGAUGUUGUUGGAGGAUUUGGGUGGUGACUACAAUGAAGUGGUCCUCAGGGAGGGGAGGGGUACCGCGGGAUGGGCGAGCAAGGAGAUGAUGCUCGACAUCUUGCCAAUGCAAGCCAAGAUAUUGAGGAACCGCUGCCCAAAAAAUCUAAGGAAAUUGACGACGCUAGGUGGUGGGACUUGGGGAAUGGCUAUUGAGGCGAACACUGUCAUGCUUGAGGAGGAUAUUGCACAGCCAUCGCCUGAGGCACUUGGGCCAAAUGAGAAGGUUGAGAUAGAGGUAGGCGGUCGUGGAGACAAGAUUGAUAGGGAGUUGGCGAGGAGAUUGGAAGAAGAGAUGGUGCUUGAAGACGACGAUAUCGAGGAUUAG